UUCACGGCCUGGUGCAAUUCCCACCUGCGCAAGGCGGGCACGCAGAUCGAGAACAUCGACGAGGAUUUCCGCGAUGGGCUCAAGCUGAUGCUGCUGCUCGAGGUCAUCUCAGGGGAGCGGCUCCCGAAGCCGGAGCGGGGCAAGAUGAGAGUGCACAAAAUCAACAACGUCAACAAAGCCCUGGACUUCAUCGCCAGCAAAGGAGUCAAGCUGGUCUCCAUUGGGGCUGAGGAGAUCGUGGACGGGAAUGCCAAGAUGACUCUGGGAAUGAUCUGGACGAUCAUCCUGCGCUUCGCCAUCCAGGACAUCUCCGUGGAAGAGACCUCGGCCAAGGAGGGGCUCCUGCUCUGGUGCCAGCGGAAAACGGCUCCGUACAAGAACGUCAACGUCCAGAACUUCCACAUCAGCUGGAAGGACGGGCUGGCCUUCAACGCCCUCAUCCACCGGCACCGCCCGGAGCUCAUCGAGUACGACAAGCUCCGGAAGGACGAUCCCGUCACCAACCUCAACAACGCCUUCGAGGUGGCUGAGAAGUACCUGGACAUUCCCAAGAUGCUGGAUGCCGAGGACAUCGUGAACACGGCGCGGCCGGACGAGAAGGCCAUCAUGACCUACGUGUCCAGCUUCUACCACGCCUUCUCUGGGGCCCAGAAGGCCGAGACCGCAGCCAAUCGAAUUUGCAAAGUUCUGGCCGUGAACCAGGAGAACGAGCAGCUCAUGGAGGACUACGAGCGCCUGGCCUCGGAUCUCCUGGCCUGGAUCCAGCGCACCAUCCCGUGGCUGGAGUCCCGGGACCCGCAGAAGACGAUCCCGGCCAUGCAGCAGAAGCUGGAGGAUUUCCGGGAAUACCGGCGCGUGCACAAACCCCCCAAGGUGCAGGAGAAAUGUCAGCUGGAGAUCAACUUCAACACCCUGCAGACCAAACUGCGCCUCAGCGGCCGCCCCGCCUUCAUGCCCUCCGAAGGCAGGAUGGUCUCGGACAUCGGGGCGGGCUGGCAGAGGCUGGAGCAGGCUGAGAAGGGACACGAGGAGUGGCUGCUGACGGAGCUGCGGCGCCUGGAGCGCCUGGAUCACCUGGCUGAGAAAUUCCGGCAGAAAGCCUCGAUCCACGAGGGGUGGACGGAAGGUAAGGAGGUGGCCCUGCGGGACCGGGACUCGGGCACAGCCUCCCUGGCCCAGGUGCGGGCGCUGCUGCGCAAGCACGAGGCCUUCGAGUCGGACCUGGCAGCGCACCAGGACCGGGUGGAGCAGAUCGCAGCCAUCGCCCAGGAGCUCAAUGAACUGGAUUACUACGACUCCCCGAGCGUCAACGCGCGCUGCCAGAAGAUCUGUGACCAGUGGGACCUGCUGGGCUCCCUCACCCACAGCCGCCGGGAAGCCCUGGAGAAAAUGGAGAAGCAGCUGGAGACCAUCGACGAGCUGCACCUGGAGUACGCCAAGCGCGCCGCGCCCUUCAACAACUGGAUGGAGAGCGCCAUGGAGGACCUGCAGGACAUGUUCAUCGUGCACACCAUCGAGGAGAUCCAGGGCCUGAUCGCUGCCCACGAGCAGUUCAAGGCGACGCUGCCGGACGCGGACCGGGAGCGGGAGGCGAUCCUGGGCAUCGAGCGCGAGGCGCGGCGCCUGGCGGAGCUGCACGGGCUGCAGGGGCCGGCCACCAACCCCUACACCUCGGUCACGGCGCAGGUCAUCGACUGCAAGUGGGAGCGGGUGCAGCAGCUGGUGCCCAAGCGGGACCAGGCGCUGCAGGAGGAGCAGAACCGGCAGAAUUCCAACGAGCACCUGCGGAGGCAGUUCGGGAGCCAGGCCAACCGUGUGGGGCCCUGGAUCCAGACCAAGAUGGAGGAGAUCGGGCGGAUCUCCAUCGAGAUGAACGGGACGCUGGAGGAUCAGCUCAACCACCUGAAGGAGUACGAGCAGAACAUCGUGGAGUACAAACCCAACCUGGAGCUGCUGGAGCAGCAGCACCAGCUCGUGCAGGAGGCCCUGAUCUUCGACAACCAACAUUCCAACUACACCAUGGAGCACCUGCGCGUGGGCUGGGAGCAGCUGCUGACGACCAUCGCCCGCACCAUCAACGAGGUGGAGAACCAGAUCCUGACCCGCGACGCCAAAGGCAUCAGCCAGGAGCAGAUGCAGGAGUUCCGAGCCUCCUUCAACCACUUCGACAAGGACCACGGCGGCGCCCUGGGCCCGGAGGAGUUCAAGGCCUGUUUGAUCAGUCUGGGCUACGACGUCGAGAACGACCGGCAGGGUGACGCAGAAUUCCAGCGGAUCAUGGCCGUGGUGGAUCCCAACGGCAGCGGGAGCGUCACGUUCCAGGCCUUCAUCGACUUCAUGUCCCGGGAAACGACGGACACGGACACGGCCGAGCAGGUCAUCAACAGCUUCCGUGUGCUGGCCGGGGACAAGAACUACAUCACGGCGGCCGAGCUGCGGCGGGAGCUGCCGGCGGCGCAGGCCGAGUACUGCAUCGCCCGCAUGGCUCCGUACCCCGGUCCCGACGGAGUCCCGGGAGCCCUGGACUACAAAUCCUUCUCCACCGCCCUGUACGGCGAGAGCGACCUGUGAGCGCGCCCCGGCCCCUCCCGGCUCCCCCUUGCUCCUACUAUGCAACACUUGAUUCGUUUUGGGAUAUUUCGGGAUGCGAUUCCCCCCCCCCCUCCUUUUUUUUUUUUAUUUUAUUUUUUUUUUAUUUUUUUUUUUUAAUCCCCUUCGGGCUUCGCUUCCCGCGGAGCAUCGCGGCACCACCACCACCACUACCACCACCACCAACAACAAAAAAACCCCACAAAAAACAAAACGACAACAAAAACGUUAUUUUUGGUAAUGAGAAAUUCCGGUUAUUUUUCACGGGAUCAGCGGCGUAGCCCGAGGGUUUUCCCCCUCUCUGCACUACACCCAACUUCCCUCUCUGCACCGUGGUAAUUUAUGGGUUUUACAGAGUGGAGGAGGGGGGGGAAAUAAAAUUUUGUGGGGGGGAUUUUGAGGGUUUGUUGUUUUUUUAUUUUUUUUUUUUAAUUUUUUUUUUUUUUUCCGCUCACAUUCCCACCUCAGAACAGCGUUUUGUGGACCAAAAAUAAAAUAAAUAAAUGGGGAAGAUAGGGGAGGGGAAACGGGGUAGGGGGAAAGGGUGAGAAAAGAGCACGGAGAAAUGAGGUGAAAUUAAGGGGGGGAAAUGAAAAUGAGGCGAAUGUGGAGAGAGAUGGAAAACUGGGAGAAAAAAAUAGAAAUUAAAAAUAUGGAGUGUGUGGAAAAAUUGGGAGAAUCAUGGAGAAAUCUGGAGGAAUACAGAAAAAUGUGGGGAAAAUAAUGACAAAUGAGAAUAAGGAGAAAAAAAAAAGAGAGAAACAAGGAGAACUGUGGAAAAAUAUCCAAAAAUUUAGAGAAACAAGGAGGAGAUUGAAGAGAAAUCCACCUAAUAAAGCGCCUGAUCCUGGAAAAUUUUGUCGGGAAGCAGAAAAUUCCGGUUUCCUUUAUAACUUUACGGAUUUAUUAUAUAAAUAUAUAUUCACUUAGCAGCUUCUUUGUCCUGUAAUUAAAAUAUUGCUGGAAAAAAAAAAAUUCUCUCUGGAA